GGAACACAAUAACUGACGGACUUGGUGUCCCAGCCAGCGUGUCCCUGCAGGGCGGGGAGACCCGCUAAAAAAACCAAAGGAUGUUCCCUUCAAGACGCAGGUCUAUGUAUCGUCGAGCGAGCAGCGGGUCCUGCCGGCUGCUGGACAUUCUGCCUUGGAAAUGCUCCCUCUUCCAGCUUUUCUUUAUUGUCCUUUUGCUGGGUUUUCUCUCCCUGUUGUGGCUCCAGCUCAGUUGCUCAGGAGACAUGACCAGAAAUCGAGACACCCAGGCCACAGUAUCUGGGAAAUCUUGCACAUUUGAGCCUCUACCUCAACUUCCUGAUGACCCUUCAUGGGGACCCCACCGUCUGGCCGUGUUGGUACCCUUCCGUGAGCGCUUUGAAGAGCUACUAGCCUUUGUACCCCACAUGCAUCGCUUCCUUAGCAGGAAGAAAAUCCGCCAUCAUAUUUUCAUACUCAACCAGGUGGAUCAUUACAGGUUCAACAGAGCAUCUCUGAUCAAUGUGGGCUUCCUGGAGAGUGGCAAUGACACAGACUAUAUUGCCAUGCAUGAUGUGGACUUGCUGCCUCUCAAUGAGGAAUUGGACUAUAGCUUCCCAGCUGCUGGCCCUUUCCAUGUGGCAUCACCUGAGCUCCAUCCUCUCUACCACUAUAGCACCUAUGUGGGUGGUAUCCUGCUGCUCACCAAGCACCAUUACAGAAUGUGCAAUGGAAUGUCCAACCGCUUCUGGGGCUGGGGCCGAGAGGAUGAUGAAUUUUAUCGCCGCAUCAAAGGGGCUGGACUUCAACUUUUCCGGCCCUCAGGGAUAACAAGUGGAUAUAAGACCUUUCAACACAUACAUGACCCAGCUUGGCGCAAAAGAGACCAGAAGCGCAUUGCUUCCCAGAAGCAGGAGCAGUUCAAGGUGGACCGCAGUGGAGGACUGACCAACCUGCAGUACAGAGUGGAAUCACGCACUCUGUUGAGUGUGGCAGGAGCUCCUUGCACAGUCCUCAACAUCUUCCUAGAAUGUGACCCCAGUGAGACACCCUGGUGUGCAUUUGGCUGAGAUGCUCGCCACACAGACUUCUUACUACGUUCCUACAGCAGCUGCUGGUUGCCAGGAUUGCAGCUGAACCCACGGAAGACAGAUUCCCCCACAGAAACUAACAGCUGGGCAUGGAUGCCUGUGGGUCAGAUGAUUAAAAAGAAGGCUGAGGAGUCACAUCAGGUGACAGGUAUAUGCAGGGCACUGCCUGUCCUGCAAGGAUACUGUAAAGUGACAACGAAUGUGAAGUUGCUUGCAAACAUCAGUCAGCUGAGUCGCUAUGCAGCCUGCCAUUAAGAAGGAUGCCGGUUCACCUUACCUGAAGAUUGUAUAGUCUUUGCUGGAAGAAUUCACUUGUUUACCUACACUUUAAUAAACUGAAGAGUAAGCAGCAGGACGGACUGAAUGGCAGGGUGGGGGACAAAGGCUGAAAGCUUGUUUUGGAGACCUUUUUGCUCAGGCUGACACCUAAGGGUGAUGCUCUUAGAGAAUCUGUAUCAGGUUGCUGGAAGGAUGCAUCUCUUGUGUGCCAAAAUCUGCAUAGGUUCCUGCUGUGAAACUCCCCUGCAGGAUCAUUUCUUGACGUCUUCAGUCUGGCUCCAAGAGCAUAACCGCCUUCCAUCUUACUGAAGCCCAUCAUGGCCUGGGAACAUGCAUUUGGGCUGUUAAAUGAUGUAAACACUGCUGGCUUAUUGCAACAAGGGCAUUAAAGCAAGUGAACAUUGAAAGGACAACAUGGGGUGGAAUAUGUAUGAGUGCAUGUACGUAAGCAUUGUCACAUGAAUUGUCAUAUUCUCCUGUCACUUUCCUUUUCUAACAAUGCAACUUUCUAAUUCUAGAAUCCAGAGUCCUAACCUAAA